AGAGUGUCCGCAGACAGAAACAGUCUCCGUUCGUACAGUAUAAAGCAGAACAUACAAGUAACUUGGCAGGUUACAGAAUGCACAUGUCAGAUUGUUAUAAUUGCAUAACAUGCGGUUUGGAAAUAAUCCGUUUUCAGUCAUAAACGCGAUGCAUUUAUGUCAGUAAAGAGAAAAAUUAUUCGAAAAGGUGGCAUCAGUCCAGGAGGGGCCGAGGACACAGGCAUAAGGAGCAGGGUCGAGCGAACAGGGAACGUGUGGUGGAGCAGAAAGCUGAGGACCCAGUGCCUCAUGGCACCUGUAUGACUAUGUGUCCUGCCUAUGAAAUACGCCAGCGGGAAGCACAGAAUCGCCUGCACAGGUUUGAGGUGGUGGCCGGCACAGAGCGGGAACGUUUGCCGCCUGCUGAUGUCUCACGUGCCGUCAAAGAGUAUUCAAGACCUGCCGCGGGGAAAGACUCCACGAGAGCCAGCGACCUUCGACCGCCAUCUGUGCUUUUAAAGACUGUGUGUUACCUAGUCGAUGACAUUGCAGCUUCUUCUACUUUUCAGCCGUGGACAGAGGUCUACAGUUUCGUGUUUGACCGUCUGCGCAGCGUUCGACAGGACAUGAUUAUCCAGCGUGUGUCGGGGCCGGACUGUGUGGCCGUGCUGGAGAAAAGCGUGCGUUUCCUUCUCUACGCCUCCUACAGACUCUGCGGGCAGCAACUUCAGUAUUUUGACCCGCGCAUCAAUGACACUCACCUGCAGGAAUGCUUGAGCUGGUUGCUGGAGAGCUACAGAGAUGGGAAGCACCAGCAUCAAGACGAGUUUCAGGCAUUGAGUCUUCUCUAUAACUUGGGUUCAUCUCAAGCCAUUCAACAUGUUCUUGAGCUGCCCGAGAGGAUACGCAGCUCUCCGGCUGUUCAGCUGGCUCUGGCUGUGAGCAGAGCACAUAUGGAGCGCAACCCAGUUCGGCUGCUCCGUCUAGCCCAGAGACUGGACUUCAUUCAGGUCUGUGCCGUCCACCGAUACCUGCUGCCCUGUAGAAGAGACCUGCUCCUGCUCUACAGCCACGGACACAGCAGCCGCAACUGCCGCUACCCGCUCCAGAGACUGGCACGCCUCCUCUUUCUGAAAGACGCACUGGCUGCGGAGCUGUGCCAGGUGUGUGGCGUAAACGUCACUGAAGAGUGGGUGAACUUCUCUAAGAGCUCCUUCACUGAUGCCUCGUCUGGAGAUCUGCAGUGCAGAUGUAUGCAUGAGCCGCUGGAUGACGAGCAGUGGAACUGUUCUGCUGGCUGCGUGAUUCAUGGCUGUGUCUGAAACCUUUACACACCGUUGUUCAUUUGGACUGUUUGUUUCUCUCCCUUUUAUUUUUUGGGUCAUGUCAUGUUUGUGUUUUUUUUUAAUAAUGAAUAUUUCAGAACAAUUUCCCACUUCUGAAUUGGUCCAAAAACCUGUGCAUUUUCAAUAAAGCUUUCAUUUUUUUGCAUAAACUUGGCAAACGCAGGGUUUUUCAGUGGCCUGACUUACAGACCUCAAAACUACAUAUGAUCAGCUCUUCAUGGUGCUGGUUAAAUCAUUUUCAUCUGCAAAUAAAGAGACGGAGGGGUGUUAACACUGAUGGGAGUUAUUCACUGACCACUAGAAGUGGGCAGACACUCGCUUGACGACUGAUUGACAGCCAUUUUAAAUAUAUAUGUCAUAAUACAUUUACAUAUAAUUUUGUGCAUUUUUUUUGUUUGUGCUUUGUUUUUAACUUUUAACACUGAAUUAUUUAGUUUAUCAUGAAAUAUGAAUUGUUUUCAAGUAGUUGUAUGAAUAAACUGUUUUUUAGUGUCUACUUUAUCCGCUAUACAUAUAACAUGUAGAUUUCACUAACAAUUUAUUAAUAUUAAUUUAUUAAUUUAAUAUUAAAGCUGCA